AUCUGGCGAGUGGUGGAGAGCCAUGCUAAUCAGUACCGGCAAAGAAGGCUACAUUCCCAGUAAUUAUGUGGCUAAAGACACUCUGGAGACAGAGGACUGGUUCUUUAAGGGCGUGAGCAGAAAGGAUGCUGAGAGGCAGCUGCUGGCCCCAGGAAAUCGAAUUGGAUCCUUCAUGAUCCGAGACAGUGAGACCACCAAAGGUAGUUAUUCUCUAUCCGUCAGGGAUCUGGAUCCACAGUCUGGUGACACGGUCAAACAUUAUAAGAUUCGAACGCUGGACAACGGAGGAUUUUACAUCUCCCCUCGCAUCACCUUCUGCACCCUGCAGGAGCUGGUCGGCCAUUAUAAAAAGCAGGGAGAUGGCCUCUGCCAAACUCUGACCACUCCAUGUUUAAGCCCCAAACCUGAGAAACCCUGGGAGAAGGAUGCCUGGGAAAUCCCACGAUCCUCACUUAAGCUGGAUAAGAGACUCGGCGCGGGACAGUUUGGAGAAGUUUGGAUGGCUACGUACAACAAGCACACCAAGGUGGCGGUGAAGACCAUGAAGCCUGGCAGUAUGUCAGUGGAGGCGUUCCUGAUGGAGGCCAACCUGAUGAAGAGCCUACAGCACGACAAACUCGUUCGCCUCAACGCUGUGGUCACCAAAGAGGAGCCCAUCUACAUCAUCACCGAGUACAUGGAGAAAGGUAGUUUGUUAGACUUCCUGAAGAGCGAUGAAGGAAACCGUGUCCAGCUUCCAAAACUCAUCGACUUCUCUGCUCAGAUUGCAGAAGGAAUGGCGUACAUUGAGCAGAAGAACUACAUCCACAGAGACUUGAGAGCUGCCAACAUCCUGGUCAAUAAGUCCUUAGUGUGCAAAAUCGCUGACUUUGGCCUGGCUCGAAUUAUUGAGGACAACGAGUACACAGCCAGAGAGGGAGCCAAGUUCCCGAUCAAAUGGACGGCCCCUGAAGCCAUCAACUAUGGCUCCUUCACAAUAAAAUCCGACGUCUGGUCCUUUGGGAUUUUGCUGACUGAGAUCAUCAGUUAUGGACGCACGCCGUACCCAGGAAUGACCAAUCCAGAGGUGAUCCGUUCCCUGGAGAAAGGCUACCGAAUGCAGCGCCUCGACAGCUGUCCCACUGAACUCUAUGAGAUCAUGCUGGAGUGCUGGAAGAACAAGCCAGAGGACCGCCCCACCUUCGAUUACCUGCAGAGCGUCCUGGAGGAUUUCUACACAGCUACAGAGAGCCAGUACCAGCAGCAGCCAUGAGACAGCAUCCAUUAAUAUGUGCUUCAGGUUGAGUUUAUGUAAGCAGCAGCAGUGCAGCUCAGGGCACAAAAAACAUGCUGGAAAUUUAGCUCUCUGCCUCUUAUCUACGCACACACAUACGGCACGGUACAGAAAUGAUGCUCAGAGAGACAGACCUUUACACUUUUAAUAGUUUUUUCAAUGAAAAAUACAGAGUUGGAAAAGUUUUGUCAGCUUUUUCCAAAUGUGCAUUUCCACAGUCGGCUCUAUAAAAGAUGUAGUUUACACCAAAAGAUGAUUUUAAGUUCUGUGUUCAAGCAAUAAUCUCACAGUGGCAGCGAAGAUAUUAUAAAUAAAAAAGUUUGCAUCGGCAGCCGUGAACAGAACCAGCAAAGGUUUCACUUUUUACUCACAAUUUAAUUAGUCUAAUGGUUUUGAUUCCAGAUGCAGCAUCCUCCAA